AGUUAUUUUUCCUCCCAAAUAAUCUUCAUAUUGAUCCGAGAAUCACAACAUAAUCUUCGAAAACUGAGUUGUGAAGUCGAGGGUGAGUUAAGCGAUGGGUACCAUAUAUUGGAUUUUCCAACACGACUUGAGAUACUACGGAUUUAUAAAGUACGAUAUUCCAGUGAGAACAUACCCUUUUGUAUAUCUGCCCCAAAUCUCAAAAGCUUGACAAUAUCUGGAUUUCGCCUGAAUCCUCAAAACUUAUCAGCAAUUGCUCAGCUUCAGAACCUUCAGGUACUCAAACUUUACUAUGUUAGAUUUGGCUAUCCUAGUAAAUGGAAGGUGAACAAUGGCGAGUUCCCUCAGCUCAAAGUCUUGAAACUACAAAGACAUUGUCCCCUUGAAGAAUGGACUGUCGCGGAUGAUGCAUUUCCUAACCUUGAACAGCUGUUUCUGGAUAGUUGUCGAUCACUUAAGGAGAUCCCUUCUAGUUUAGGGGACAUCUCUUCCCUUAAGUACAUUGAGGUAACGGAAUGCAACGAAUCUGUUGCCAAGUCAGCCAGGGAAAUCCGAGAAACACAAGUUGAAGAUUAUCAAAAUGCCGAUUUCAAGCUCUUCAUGUGGAAGAAUAAUUCAGGUACACUACUGAGAAAAUACAUCUGUAUUCAGUCUCAUUACAAACUCUAUAAACUGCAGAUGAAUGUUUUCCAGAUGAUGAUUUUGCAGAUGAUUUCUAAGGCGGGGUGGAGGAGCUGGCUAUUGGAAGCUGGGACCUAA